CUUCUCUGCUCUUUGACGUCAGUGUCCCGUCUUAAACACAUCUUUUACACGUACACUGGGAUGUACUUUGGAUAUAUGGACCUUUGAACCAAAGCUAUUUUUUCAAUGCUUUCCUAUUGCACAGGAUUAUAAACCCCCCUUAAAACUUCCAGCACUUUCACCAUGACUCUGCUCAGAUACCCGGUCCAGCUGCAGCUGCUGCUCGGUACUGUGCUCGGCUCCUGUUUGGGUUUGGAAUUUCUGGGAGCUCGAGGACAGUGGGCCCGUUUUCUCCGCUGGGACGCCAGCACCAGAAGUGACCUCAGCUUCAGGAUCAAAACGGACGUGUCCACCUCGUUGGUCUUGUACUUUGAUGAUGGUGGCUACUGUGACUUCCUGCAGAUGAUGGUAGUGGAGGGGAAGCUGCAGCUGCGGUUCAGCAUCGACUGUGCUGAGACCACGCUGGUUUCGGGUAAACGGGUCAAUGACAGCAGCUGGCACUCGGUCACCGUAAGCAGAUCCAACCUGCGGACGGUGCUGGGCGUGGACGGAGACAGCAAGGCCGACGAGGUGCGACCUCAGAGGCAGUACAUGAAGAUCGUUAGUGACCUCUUCCUGGGCGGAGUCCCCCAGGACAUUCGCCCCUCUGCCCUGACCUUACCCACCGCCAAGGACCUGCCGCCUUUUAAAGGAGUUAUCAGGGACCUGAAAUAUGGCAACAAGGAGCCUACGCUGCUUAGCAGCCAGAGGGUCCGAAUGAACACGGAGGGCGUCUGCACCGAGAACCCGUGUGAGAACGGAGGGAUUUGCUCUCUUGUUGACGGGGAACCGCUAUGCGACUGUUCCAAGACGGAGUACAUCGGCCGAUUCUGCAGCAAAGAGGCCAACAGCAUCCCAGGCUUGGCACACAUGAUGAUGGCCGAACAAGCCAAGAGCAAAGCACGUGAGGAGAACGUGGCCACCUUUCGCGGCUCGGAAUACUUCUGCUACGACCUCUCGCAGAACCCCAUCCAGAGCAGCAGUGAUGAGAUCACUCUGUCCUUCAAGACCUGGCAGCGUAACGGGCUUAUUCUGCACACGGGCAAAUCGGCCGACUACGUCAACCUGGCGCUGAAGGACGGCGCGGUCUCCCUGGUCAUCAAUCUCGGUUCUGGAGCCUUUGAGGCCAUCGUUGAGCCAGUCAAUGGCAAAUUCAACGAUAAUGCCUGGCACGAUGUCAAAGUUACACGCAAUCUCAGACAGGUCACCAUCUCCGUGGACGGCAUCCUCACCACCACAGGGUACACGCAGGAGGACUACACCAUGCUGGGUUCAGACGAUUUCUUCUACGUUGGAGGAAGCCCGAGCACUGCUGACUUGCCCGGGUCACCCGUCAGCAACAACUUCAUGGGCUGCCUCAAAGAGGUCGUGUACAAAAACAACGACAUCCGCUUGGAGCUUUCUCGGCUGGCACGCAUCGUGGACCCAAAGAUGAAGAUCCAGGGAGAUGUUGUGUUUAAGUGCGAGAAUGUGGCCACACUGGACCCCAUCUCGUUCGAGACGCCUGAAGCCUACAUCAGCCUUCCCAAGUGGAACACCAAGCGCAUGGGCUCCAUCUCGUUCGACUUCCGCACCUCGGAGCCCAACGGCCUGAUCCUGUUCACGCACGGUAAACCGCAGGACAGGAAGGCGACGGGGAGCCAGAAGAACACCAAGGUGGACUUUUUUGCAGUGGAGCUGCUGGACGGGAGUCUGUACCUGCUGCUGGACAUGGGCUCGGGGACCAUCAAGGUCAAAGCUACACAGAAUAAAGUGAACGAUGGGACGUGGUACCAUGUGGACAUCCAGAGAGAUGGAAGAUCAGGUACUAUAUCCGUAAACAGCCGUCGUACCCCGUUCACAGCCAGCGGAGAGAGCGAGAUCCUGGACCUAGAGGGCGAUAUGUACCUUGGUGGACUUCCUGAGAAUCGUGCAGGUCUCAUCCUGCCCACCGAGCUCUGGACCGCCAUGCUCAACUACGGCUACGUGGGCUGCAUCCGGGACCUGUUCAUCGACGGACGCAGUAAAGACAUCAGGCGGAUCGCCGAGGAGCAGAACGGAGCGGGAAUCAAACCGUCCUGCAACAAGGUGACGGGGAAGCAGUGCGAGAGCUACCCGUGUAAGAACAAAGGGGUGUGUAAGGAGGGCUGGAACCGCUUCAUCUGUGACUGCACUGGAACCGGAUACUGGUCCCGUACUUGUGAGAGAGAGGCCUCGAUCCUGAGCUACGACGGCAGCAUGUACAUGAAGGUAGUGAUGCCCACGGUGAUGCACACCGAGGCCGAGGACGUGUCCCUGCGCUUCAUGUCUCAGCGAGCGUACGGCCUGCUCAUGGCCACCACGUCACGUGAGUCAGCCGACACCCUGCGCCUGGAACUGGACGGCAGCCGCGUUAAACUCACCGUCAACUUAGACUGUAUCAGGAUUAACUGUAACUCCAGCAAGGGACCAGAGACACUGUAUGCUGGACAAAAACUCAAUGACAAUGAGUGGCAUACGGUGCGGGUGAUCCGGCGCGGUAAAACCUACAAGCUCACAGUUGACGAUGACGUAGCUGAAGGUCAGAUGGUGGGCGACCAUACUCGCCUGGAGUUCCACAACAUCGAGACAGGCGUGAUGACCGAGCGCCGAUUUGUCUCACACAUCCCAUCCAGCUUCAUCGGCCACUUGCAGAGCCUCAGGUUCAACGGCCUGCUGUACAUCGACCUGUGCAAGAACGGCGACAUCGACUUCUGCGAGCUGAACGCACGCUUCGGAAUGCGCUCCAUCAUUGCCGACCCAGUGACCUUCAAAGCCAAGAGCAGCUACCUGAGCUUGGCCACGCUGCAGGCCUAUACCUCCAUGCACCUGUUCUUCCAGUUCAAGACCACAUCAGCAGACGGCAUCAUCCUGUUCAACAGCGGCGACGGGAGCGACUUUAUCGCUGUGGAGCUGGUUAAAGGGUACAUCCAUUACGUCUUUGAUCUCGGUAACGGUCCCAACCUCAUCAAAGGCAAUAGUGACCGAGCUCUGCAUGACAACCAGUGGCACCACGUGGUCAUCACCAGAGACAACAGCAAUCUCCACACCCUCAAAGUCGAUGCCAAGGUUGUCAAUCAAGUGGUUAACGGUGCCAAGAACUUGGACCUAAAAGGUGAUCUAUUCAUAGCUGGUUUGGGCCCAAACAUGUACAACAGCCUGCCCAAACUGGUAGCCUCGAGGGAGGGCUUUAAAGGUUGCCUGGCGUCGGUGGAUCUGAACGGGCGUCUGCCGGACCUGAUAAACGACGCUCUGUUCCGCAGCGGGCAGAUAGAGCGUGGAUGCGAAGGUCCUAGCACCACGUGUCAGGAGGACUCCUGUGCCAACAUGGGCGUCUGCAUCCAGCAGUGGGAGAACUACACCUGUGACUGCUCCAUGACCUCCUUCACCGGCAUGCACUGCAACGACCCUGGAACGACGUUCAUCUUUGGGAAAGGAGGAGGUCUGAUCACCUACAACUGGCCGGCUAACGAGCGGCCGAGCACGCGCAUGGACCGUCUGACUGUGGGCUUCAGCACCUCUCUGAAGGACGGAAUUCUGGUGCGGAUCGACAGCGCUCCGGGGCUGGGAGACUACAUCAUGCUCCACAUUGAACAAGGAAAGAUCAGCGUCACGUUCAACAUCGGACUGGUGGAUAUCGUGGUGCAGGAGAGCAGCAUGCCGGUGAACGACGGCAAGUAUCACGUGGUGAGAUUCACACGUAACGGGGGCAACGCCACGCUUCAGGUGGACAACUGGGCCAUCAAUGAGCACUUCCCCUCAGGCAACAACGAUAAUGAGAGAUUGCAAAUGGCAAAUAAGAAAAUCCCGUUCAAAUAUGCCCGGCCUGUAGAGGAGUGGCUGCAAGAGAAAGGGCGCCAGUUAACGAUCUUCAACACGCAGGCCAGCAUCAGCAUCGGUGGCGCCGACCGCAGGAGACCGUUUCAGGGCCAGCUCUCAGGCCUCUACUACAACGGGCUCAAGGUGCUCAAUAUGGCCGCUCAGGGCAACCCCAACAUCAGGAUCAACGGCAGUGUGAGGCUGGUGGGCGACGUCCCCGCUGCCGGAUCGGCCCGCACCACGGCCAUGCCCCCGGAGAUGUCCACCACCUUCAUCGAGACUACCACCACCAUGUCCACCACCACCACGAGAAAACACCGCUCGCCACCAACAAUAUCGAGCACGGACGACAUCGUCACGUCAGCCGAGUGCUCCAACGACGACGAGGACCUGGAGGAGUGUAACUUCGAGCACGCAGGUGGGCUAGCGAUCCCCACGGAGCCGGGCGUCAGGCGCAUUCCCGGGGCCUCCGAGGUCGUCCGGGAAUCUAGCAGCACCACUGGAAUGGUCGUCGGGAUUGUUGCUGCUGCCGCUUUGUGCAUCCUCAUCCUCCUGUACGCCAUGUAUAAGUACAGAAACAGGGACGAGGGGUCGUACCAGGUGGACGAGAGCCGCAAUUACAUAACCAACUCGGCGCAGAGCAACGGCACGGUCAUGAAGGACAAGCAGCACGGCUCCAAAGGCAGCAACAAGAAACAGAAAAACAAGGACAAGGAAUAUUAUGUGUGAAAAUGUGAGACGGUGAAACGGGUGACGACGAGGUGUAUCAGGAGCUGCGCUGACGAAGAGAGAGAGAGACGAGAGAGAGAGCGAGAGAGAGCGAGAGAGAGAGAGAGAGAGAGAGAGAGAGAGAGAAAGAUUUUCAUUUUGGCACUGUGCCGAGGCACUGAGCUCUCACACCAACUGUAAUAUAAAGCACACUAUUGUGUAAGCAAACCUUGAUGGUAAAUAGCGACAUUAGUGACCUUUAUUCUUCGAUCCGGUCGACGGCGUUAUCAGUGUAGAAAACUUCACAGCUACAUCCUUAUCCUAAAAAAAAAAAAGACUCUUAAACAGGUAUGUGAUCCUUGGCAUUUUUUUUUUAAAUCCUGUAAAAGAAAAAAAAUCUUUUGCCUGUGAGAGAGACAGAGUGAGAGAGCGAGGAGGAAAAGGAAAAGGAAAAGGAUCGUGGCUUUCGCAAAAGCAUGUGAGCGACGCACCGUGUUCUAAGAGAUGGACAAGAUAUAUAUAAAUACGUAUAAAUAUAUAUAUGUAUAUUGUGUGAAUGAGAACGAAGGACUCUUGCCAAAAAAAAAAAUCUCUAUAUAAAUAACUAUGAAAGAUUUGUAUUGUUUAUACAUUAUAUGUUGUGUCAAUUUUUUUUUUUUUUGGCUCUCAAAAAAAAAAAAAAAAAAAAAAAAAAAAGAG